AUGGUCACCACGGAGACUGACCCUCCAUCACACACCUACCGACCCUCCAUCACACACCUACCGACCCUCCAUCACACACCUACGACCCUCCAUCACACACCUACCGACCCUCCAUCACACACCCACCGACCCUCCAUCACACACCUACCGACCCUCCGUCACACACCUACGACCCUCCGUCACACACCGACCGAACCUCCAUCACACACCCACCGAACCUCCAUCACACACCCACCGACACUCCGUCACACACCUACGACCCUCCGUCACACACCUACGACCCUCCAUCACACACCUACCGACCCUCCAUCACACACCUACGACCCUCCAUCACACACCUACCGACCCUCCAUCACACACCAACCGACCCUCCAUCACACACCAACAGACCGUCCUUCACACACCUACGACCCUCCAUCACACACCCACCGACCCUCCACCACACACCUACGACCCUCCAUCACACACCCACCGACCCUCCAUCGCACACCCACCGACCCUCCAACACACACCUACCGACCCUCCAUCACACACCUACCGACCCUCCAUCACACACCAACCGACCCUCCAUCACACACCUACCGACCCUCCAUCACACUCCUACAGCCCCUCCAUCACACACCUACAGACCCUCCAUCACACACCUACCGACCCUCCAUCACACACCUACAGCCCCUCCAUCACACACCUACAGCCCCUCCAUCACACACCUACCGACCCUCCAUCACACACCUACAGACCCUCCAUCACACACCUACAGACCCUCCAUCACACACCUACCGACCCUCCAUCACACACCUACAGACCCUCCAUCACACACCUACCGACCCUCCAUCACACACCUACGACCCUCCAUCACACACCUACGACCCUCCAUCACACACCUACGACCCUCCAUCACACACCUACCGACCCUCCAACACACACCUACAGACCCUCCAUCACACACCCACCGACCCUCCAUCACACACCUACCGACCCUCCAACACACACCUACAGACCCUCCAUCACACACCCACCGACCCUCCAUCACACACCCACCGACCCUCCAACACACACCUACAGACCCUCCAUCACACACCCACCGACCCUCCAUCACACACCUACAGACCCUCCAUCACACACCCACCGACCCUCCAACACACACCUACAGACCCUCCAUCACACACCUACCGACCCUCCACCACACACCUACAGACCCUCCAUCACACACCUACCGACCCUCCAUCACACACCUACAGACCCUCCAUCACACACCUACAGACCCUCCAUCACACACCUACAGACCCUCCAUCACACACCUACCGACCCUCCAUCACACACCUACCGACCCUCCGUCACACACCAACCGACCCUCCGUCACACACCUAUGACCCUCCAUCACACACCUACCGACCCUCCAUCACACACCUACGACCCUCCAUCACACACCUACCGACCCUCCAACACACACCUACAGACCCUCCGUCACACACCUACCGACCCUUCGUCACACACCUACCGACCCUCCGUCACACACCUACAGACCCUCCAUCACACACCUACCGACCCUCCAUCACACACCCACAGACCCUCCAUCACACACCUACGACCCUCCAUCACACACCCACGGACCCUCCAUCACACACCUACCAACCCUCCAUCCCACACCUACCGACCCUCCAUCACACACCCACCGACCCUCCAACACACUCCAUCUGA